AAAAAAACAACAACAUAGUUUUUGCCCGGUAAGUCUGUCGACUGUGUUCCUCAGUAUUUUCAAGUUAGUUUUGAUGAUGUCACUGAGACAGCUGAUCUGCAUUUGGGCGACCACCAUGUUGAGUUAUUUUAGAGAAAACCUUGGCUCAUGCAACCUGUGUAUCAGUUCAACGUCGGCUAAUACAAAGUACAAAGUCAGUCUUAAAAGGCAAUUUAUUUCAAUGUAACUAUAAUCAAACUUGCAAGCACAGUGUUUUACCUGAAUGUAUAUGUACUAUGUGCAGGUUAUUAUAUGUAAGGUAGAUCGGCUUUAUAAUAAGUAUAUGACCAGUCUGGGCCAACGAAUUUCGUUAUCAAAGUCUGUACAUGAUUUUAAACGUUUUAAAUGUUUUAUUUUAAUUUCAAGCGUUCUGAUAUCAGUCCGUGUUUCGAUAAAGCGUAUGUUUUAGCGCUACACUAUUGGAAAAUCGAACCUAAUUGAAGUAACGUUCUCACCUAUCAAUAAUAUCGAUUUCUUUUGUCUAUUUUUUUUUUUUCAACUCAAAAAGUAGGUAUAUUCUUCUGAGAAUUUUCGGUAGCAAUGAAAUCAAUAGUUCACUAGAUAAUAAUUAGCCUUACUUUACAUUAGAAUUAAGCAAAGCAGUUACUAACUAAAACGUUUUAUUGCAAAUAAACUACAUGUUCCGGCAUGUUGGAUACUGCUUUUAUUCUCUGAUCGAUACAUGAGGGAGAACUUAAUGUUCGUCGCUUUCUGAUAUUUUGGCAGUAGUAGAACUGGAUCUAGAUUGUUUUACAAACACAAGAUACGACACCUGAACUUCAAUUCCCACAUUUUUUCUAUGACUUGUUAGGGAAAGGAGCAAAUUGUGUGACAAGUUCGAGUAAUCCAAGGAAAUAGCCAAUGUGAGGUGAACCAAAUGUUUACUUAUCUCCCCUGAAAGAAAAAAAACUUGUUCAAAAGUCCACGAAAUAGCGACAUCUGACCAAACAAGGAAAAGGAAAAGAGGCGAGUGGAAGAAGAUGAAGCUGGAAGAUUUUGAGAAAAUGCUUAAAGAGCAAAAAGUCAAUGACAAGAUUAGAAAGAUCAUUCAUGAAAAAGGUUAGUUAAUUUUUUUAAAUAUCUGUCAUCUGUGCCUCUGAUAGGUUUUUGUAACUCAUUUAUUACAAAACAUAAGAUCCACAACAAAAAAUAUUUUCCUUUGUUACAUAGGGCAAAAAUAUCUUAAAACCUUAUGCAACAUUUAAAAAAAAUUAAAGCAGAACAAUAUUUCCAUACUUAGUAUUAAAUACAUAGAACCUAACUAUCAACUAUUAAUCAUCUGAGGUACAUUCCUUUUCUUUCUGUUACUGCUGAGAUAUGAGCAGAUAUAUUUAUUGUAAUAAUACGAUAUUUCUUUAAUUAUGUUUAAGAAUUAUUACAGAAUGAAUUGAAAUAAGCGUCACAAACAGUAAUAAUACUAAGGCUUGUCCUCGAGUCCGAAGUGGAGUGCUGUAUUUCCCACGGCUAAGCAGCCCCAGCUGUGACCUACAUAUACACAAGUACUUAAACACAAUCAGAAAAUACAUUCUAAAAUCAGGUUCUUCUAAAUUAGAUAGACCGAAAUUAAACUCAGAUACAUAAUGCUGACUGCUCUUGCACCAAUUUUUAGCGGUAUUUAAUGAUGCGGUUUCGGCCCAAGUGUGAAAGUAACUAACGGUGUUAUGUGCACAUCAUGGUGCGAUUGUAAAAUGGUGCGAUUGUAAAAAAAAAAAGGUGCGAAUGCAUGCUGAAAGAAGUAGAGAGGAGAUAAACAAAUGAAAUAAUGUACACGAGACUAUUACUGACAUUUAUUACGGGUUUGAACCUUGCCUAAAACUAUUUAUAAUUUAAGGCUUGUAGUUCUCUGGGUGAAUGAUUAAGAUUCUCAUCUGCCCGUAUCAAAUAAAUUCUGAUGAAAAAAAAGAAGAAAGAGAAACAUUACGUGCUAUAACAUUUGUUACGAGGUGGUCGCCAUUAAAAACUUUGUUUUGAGUGUAGGGUUUUAUAAUGGGAUGGUCGCAUAUUUAGGGAAGUCUGGCCUGGGAAAAGACUUCCUUGUGGAACUGUCACGUGGCCUUCAGGGACAUUUGUGGUUGUCGAUCGAGAUAUAUUAAUGAGAAGUUAUGUUGUAGUUAGUGUUGAACGGCAGACGUGCCUGAAUCCAAGGGCGACAAGUAAAAAGAACUGGUAAACCUGCAAAGAGUCUUUAGGGUAGAGUUGAGACAAAGACUUACGAACAUUUGUUUCCUUUGUUUAACAUGUUUCAUACAUUCCUUUAUAAUUGAAGACAAUAGUACCUUAGUUUAAAUUCACGGGAUUGCUGGAGUUGGCGUCGAUCAAAUUUCGUACAGGUUGUCAGGUGGGUUUAGUCGCUUAAGUAGGGUAUGAUAUGAUGGUCCCGUAUCCCCAGCCUGAACAGAAUAACACAAGAACCUAAAAGUAAUGGCAUGUAAAAUACGAACAUCGAAUAACAGUUCUUCAACUGAACAGUUAGUGAAUAACAACAGUUAUCAACAUGAACAAUAUUUAAUAAUAAUUAAUUAUAAGUUAUCAACAUAUUUACAUAUACAUCACUAUCAUUGAAGUCAUCAUUGAAUUAAUAAUUAAUCUAAUAUCACGCCAAUAAGUUUCCUAACACACCUUCACGCUCACACUCCAUCUCGGCGCCCAACGUAACCUCAACUCCCAACACCUCAACAACAAGAGUUACUGCAAAACUUCAAAGGCGGAAAGGCAACACGCUUUCCCAUAGCCCAAAGCCUAACACCCUGAAACGACAUGAAAACCUAGAUCUAGCGAUGCCGCUACAAGAAAGAGCUUUUCAAUAGCGACACCCGUACCGAAAGAUCAGCCUACUUAAUAAAACUAUGUACUUACGUACCCUUACUGUUACGUGCGCAUCUUAGUGUGAAUGUGAAAUGGUGCGAUUGCGUGUUGAAAGGAAAGAAGGAUCAAAAUGGAGGAAUAUGAACAAGAAAGUGUUUUCAGUAUUAAUAAAGAUUAAAGUAUUUAUAAACUGUGAUUUGUCGUUUUCAUGUCUAAAGAGUCUCAUCCAAUAUGAAGACGUAACAAGUGGCGCCCAACGCAAAGGUAACCCACGUAUCCCUCUAUUCACAGGGUAUCUCCUGUCAGCAGACAGUAGAGAUAGUAUAGUCUAGAUCUAGAGACAGGAGAACAUUCGAUUCGAUAUUAUUAGUAAUCAACUAUGGCGGACAAGGCUGAGGUAGCAGCGUUGAAGGAAGAGGAAAGGUUGUUGGAGCUUGAAGGGGCAGAACUAAGAAAAUACGUACAAGAAAGGUUAAUGGAGAGGGAGAGAUUAGCGAUGGAAAGAGACAAAGAAAAGGAGAGAUUAGAUAAGGAGGACAAAAGAGAAAGGGAAAAAGAAAGGGAGAGAUUAGCGAUGGAAAGAGACAAAGAAAAGGAGAGAUUAGCGAUGGAAAGAGACAAAUAAAAGGAGAGAUUAGCGAUGGAAAGAGACAAAGAAAAGGAGAGAUUAGAUAAGGAGGACAAAAGAGAAAGAGAAAAGGAUAAGGAGAUAGUAGCAAUUGAAAGGGAAAAGAAAAAUGAAUAGGUCGCCAUUGAAAGAGAAAGAUUAGCAUUUGAAAAAGAGACAGCAGAGAAAAAGUUAAAAACAGACCAAGGAAAAGAGAAUGAUAAAAGAAAGAGUGAAUCUACAGGGAAUAAACUGGCAAAAUAUAAAGGUUUGAUAUUCAACGAAGACAAAAUGGACAUAGACAUUUUUUUGAAGAAGUUCGAGAUAGAAAUGAGAGAACUGGAGUACCCUGAAGACAAAUGGACAUUCUUAUUGUCGAGAUCAUUUACAGCGGAGGUGCCUUCAAAAAUAUGUAUGAACCAGGGUAACUACAGCAUUGUGAAAGAACAACUACUUAGAACUUUCGGGAAAACAGAAGCUUUCUAUCGCCAACAGUUUGUUAAUUGUGAGAUAGAACCAGAGGAUGACCCGCAGACCUUCUUGGACAAAAUGAGCAGCCAUUUCGAUAACUGGAUAGAAACCGCUGAGGUAGAAAAAACCUUUGACAGUCUUAAGACAUUUCUCAUGCUGGACAAAGUGAUGUACGAGUGUCAGGAGGAAUUAAAAAUAUUUCUGUUGGAGAGGAAACCGAAAUCCAUAGAAGACAUAGUAAGACUGAUAAGGGCUUAUAAAGUGGCACAUCCCGAGAAGAAAUUAUCUAGAGGCAGUGAUAUAGAAGAAAUAGUUGCCUUUAACAGAACAUGUGAGACACAGAAUAACUCUCACAGAACAAGGGAGACACAGGAUAGACAGUAUAGAAGUGGUACAUAUGAAAGACAAAAUGAUAGCCGCAACGUAAGAUAUCAAGGAAACAGACAGGAAAGAAAGGACUGGGAGAAAGGUAGAAUAGAGCAAGGCUUAUCAUUGUCAUCUGAUACUGGAACAUUGGAGAUUUUUCAGACAUUCGUAGGGAACAAGGCAGCCAAGACCAUCAGGGAUACUAGGAGCACUAUUAUUGGAGUGAAUAAGAAUUUAGUGGAAGACCAUGAAUAUACAGGCGAAUCUAGGAAGUGUGUUAUGUUUAAUGGGAAUAUUGUACAAUUACCCAUUGCUAAAGUUAGUAUAGACACACCGUAUGUUAAGGGGACAGUGGAAGCUUGUGUUGUAGAUCAGGGUGAGAUAGAUUUAAUUAUUGGGAAUAUUAAUGGGGUGAAAAUAUGUUCAGUAAGGGAGAUUGAGAAUUGGAAGAAAUAUUAUGGGAUAAAGUCUACGCGAGGUAGAAAUGGGGAUGUGGAAGAAGACAUAAGAUCUCAUACAUCAGAUGACAUGGGUAGCAGAGAGCACGAGAAGAAAGAAUUAACAGAUAAGGUAGAAAGCAAUGCAAUAAGAAUGGGUCCAAAUCAAAGUAAAGUAAGGCAAUCAGUGGUACAGGGAAAGCGAUAUAAGCCGACAUACAGACGUACAAAUCCAUACAUCUUAUGCUUUAAUUGUGGGAAAAGGGGGCAUAUUAGAAGACAGUGUCAACAGUUAAUUAGAAUUAAGGAUUCAAGGUACAAUAGUGAAGAGGCGUAUACGAGAAAAGAGAGGGAUAUUAGCAGCCUAGAAAACAGUACAGCUAGAUCAUUAGGUAGUAGAAUCACAAUGGGACAUCAUUGCAAAGGAGGGAAGUGGAAAGGAUGGCAUGUCAAUAAUGUUAGAAUUAUAUAGAUAUGAUUAGAAAAGGUAGGAAUGAUGGACAUUAUUUAUUGUUCUAUUCUACAAUGAAUAAAUAUAUGUGUAAUGAAUUGAAUAUUGUUGUUACAAUAUGCAUGGAGCAAGAUAGACUUUGUUUGUUAACUAUUUGAUUACGACUGGAAUGAUGGUGUUUUGUACAGGCAUACAAUUAUGAGUGGGGAGUUGUAUUGAUAGAAAUAUGAUUACUUAUAGAUAAAUGUUAACAGAAGUGGUUUCAAUUGCUCAUAAUAACAGUUAUUAUUGUGAUGAAUAUAAUAGUUAUUUCAUGUUGGGUUUGUAUUGGUAUUAACAUGACAUUGUGUUUGAUUUUGUUUAGUUAUUACAUUAUGGUUUUAUAUGUUACCGAUUUUUUUAACUUGGAAUAGUCUGAUAAUAUAUUCAGUGAUUUGUAUUUUGGACGUUCGAUGUGCAUCGAACUUGUUAAACAGGGGGGGGUGUUACGUGCGCAUCUUAGUGUGAAUGUGAAAUGGUGCGAUUGCGUGUUGAAAGGAAAGAAGGAUCAAAAUGGAGGAAUAUGAACAAGAAAGUGUUUUCAGUAUUAAUAAAAAUUUGUCGUUUUCAUGUCUAAAGAGUCUCAUCCAAUAUGAAGACGUAACACUUACAAGGGGGAAACCAACAAUCAGCUACCUAGCUCACAAAAGAAGCUCUCUCUCUCUCUUGCGGGAACUAAGGAUGACGUAAACACACACAAUAUUCUAGGCAACAAAACGCACUUAAAAGAAACUACUUCCUAUACGCUAAAACACCAAUAUUAAAUGCAAAGAAAACUUCACGCGCGCACGACAUCAUCUGCCCUUAGACCACAAAGUCUGAAAGGGGAACUUUACUAUCCGGAGAGAAGAUACUAAGUUUGAGCUUACACAACCGAAGGCAUGAGUUUGUUCAAUGCUAUCAAGAACUGAAACAACAUGGCAAGUGUAACAACUGAGCCUUUGUUUUGACUUGGGAAAAAAGUUUUAGUGGAGUUGAUA